GUGAUUGUGAGCACGCGCUACGCAGCACGUGCACUCUUUUUUUUUGUGGAGAUCGUGCGACGUCAGCCUUCCGUAAGCAUGUACAGUACGUCGCCGUUGGAUAAGAAGGAAAAGCUGAAGGGAUCUUCCAUGGUAAAGGUUGUCAACUUCAUCCUCCACAAGGUCUUCCGUCGCAAGAAACAAGGAUCCCUCAAUAGCCCUCUCUCUGGCGAAGGAAGCUAUGUAUCGUACUCGGAGAUCGACCUUGAAAGAUUCGGCUAUGAAAUGCGGCGGACACAGGAAAUGCUUGGCAGGCCACUGACACCCCCUCUCAAGCCUCCGAGGCACAUCUUGCAUGGUGCAGACGAGUUCUGGACCCCGGCAUCGUCUCCACGAUGUGAUCUCCGUAGACCACAAGUCUCCAAACGCGUGCAAACGAAGGAUGCCGCGGUCGAAGCAUGCGAAUAUGACAUUGACCAAUGUCUCGACCACGACGACAAGUAUUCUAUCACAUAUGGUAGUGUAGAACUGGAAGUAACGCCACCCCGAAAGAUUCGGAGAAGUACUAAUAAGCCGAAACUGCUAAGCUCCAAAAAAGCUCCACACGCGCCGAUGGACAAUGUGUUGGCAGAAGGGAGAACUCAGUGUCCCACGUGUGCACAGUUUGCGUAUCCUUGGAAGCCUUCUCCAGAGAUAACUACAAAUGGUAAUGAAUUUCUCAAACGAGACAAUUUCACGGAAGGUGAAUUUCCUGAAGGCUAUCUACGCUCGGAAGCCACAUCUUCAAGGAUAAGUCUGCGGAAAGGUUUUCAGAGGAGGAGGGCUUCUAUGGACGACGUCGUGACCACGACACCGCGUAAGGUCCAUGAUUCUACUCGGGAUUCUCCGAGUCGAACACCUGCGACGUGCCCUAGUACUGGGAGAGCAUCGACUUCCCGGUCAGGACGACGUUUCCUAAAGGUCGAACACCGACCACCCACGCCGUACUCGACGCCGUACUCUGAAGCCACAUCAUCGCAGGAGUAUACAGGUCCUUCUAAGUUGUACAGGACUAGCGGACAGACCAGUCUUGUCCAGGGAAGACACAAAUCGCCGAAGGACCGCGGGGAUGGAUCGUCUGCCUCCCUGAAGACCUCUCCGUUCAGUCGAUUUCGACAUUCCAGUUACUCUGGUCUCAUGAUGGCCAGCGGAGACGAGUCUGUGCUAAGUAGCGUCCGUCUUCGUCGAGCUAAGGACUUGUAGUCUGUACUAAAGUACAUUAUACGCUAGCCUUGGACGAAGUUACUUUUAUUCCAUUUAAACUGCAUUCAACCUGCGGGAAUUAGGUGCUGGUGGUGCUGGAUUUCUGUGCGCCUCUUCGCAACGUCAAGUGGUAGAUCAAAGAGAUUUCUUUGCAGAUGUCAAAAUCUUACGAUUAAUAAAUAUUCUGUCCAAUGA